GGGCUUCUUCUUCAACCCAACAACAACAAUGCUCCCUCACUCAUAUUUUUGAGUCCUACAAAAAUAAAACAAAUAAAUUAGAAAAAAAAAAAAUCCAAUUUUCAGUUUUCAUUUUUGUUCACAGUACCCAUUUUUGCAUUUGCUAAAUACCAGAUUUUGACACCCAAAGACUCAAACUUUAUUACAGAAAUAUUAAAAAAUAGGUGAAAAAACUAUUGGGUUAUUCCUCAUUUUUCAUUUUUCGUGUCAAAGUGGUGGAAUUUUGUUGCAGAAGUCUCUCUCUCCUUCUUUCUCCAUACCACUGCUCAAAAAACUCUUGGGAAGACCAGGACCACUGAAAACGCUGCGUUUUGGUGCAUAUGCAGCAGUCGUACGUACUUGGCUUCUAAAAAGACAAACCCUAUACUCGUUUUGCAGGAUUUAUCCUGAUUUUUGUUUUCAUAAGCUGUUUCUGCUUUCUCUGUCUCUCUCUCCCGAUCUCGAUCUCCAUUCUCCAAGGCUGAGCCAAGUGUUAAAAACUUAGCUUAUUUAAGAUUCAGUGGACCCAACAGAUUUCUGGGUUUGUGAGUUGAAGCCAUUCAGGUUUCAAGUUGAUUGAACUUUGCACAUCUUGUGCCAACAUGGGCAGUAGCAGCUCUUCAAGUGUCGGUUAAUUACUAUUCUUUCUAUUGCCUUCGGGAGAAAGAUAUAGAGUAUUCCAGGCGUAAGAUGAUGGGGCUUCCUUGUUUCGUUUAGCUCAUGCUAGUACGUCUCACAUAAAAAAUAUCUAGUUGGAACAUAACAUAAUCAUUGGAAAAAAUGGAUAUUAAGGAAGCAGAGCGUGUAGUUAUAGCUAAACCAGUUGCUUCAAGGCCUACAUGUUCCACCUUUAGGUCCUUCACAGAGCUUCUUGCAGGAGCUAUUGAUGCCUCUCCCUCUAAUGUAUCUUCUGAAACUGCUGUUCCUGCCAUCAGACCAAAGACCGUGAGGUUCAAGCCAUUGGUGAAUCAUGCUGUCGAUGGAUUAGUUUCUUCCCAGGUGGAUAUCUCUGGUGCAGCACAUAGACAUUCAUCGGGGAAGGUUUCGAAACCAGAUAGCAGAUCAACUGUGGUAUAUAAACCAUUGGCGAAAGUUGUUUCAAGGGCAACCGUUUCUGUCUUGGCAAAUAUGGGAAACUUCAAUACCUGCCACCAAUCUACACGAUCAUCAGUUAAUGCGGAUGUUCUACGUCCAAAUCAAGAUAAAAGCUUUAGAUCUCAAAGUGUAAUUCUGCGCCAUAAUAAUCCAUCAUGUGCCGAGACAAAUCAGACAACAGAGCCUCCGAAAAUAGCCUCACAAAACAUGGAAGAGGAUCCAAAAAUUGUACCAUCCACAGCCAAUACUGAUAGGCCUUCUUAUGAUGGGUAUAAUUGGAGAAAAUAUGGACAGAAGCAAGUCAAGGGAAGCGAGUACCCCCGAAGUUACUAUAAAUGCACGCAUCCAAAUUGUCCUGUGAAAAAGAAGGUAGAACGAUCUCUGGAUGGACAGAUUGCUGAGAUUGUCUACAAGGGUGAACACAACCAUUCGAAGCCUCAACCUCCAAAGCGUGGCUCAUCAGGAACGCAAGGGUUAGGUGUAGCCUCUGAUGGAACUGGUCAAGAUACCAACAACAGGUUAUGUAAUAGUCAUCAUAAUGAAAGAAAUGAUGGUUCGGAAGUUAGAUUAGAAGAUCAGAAUGAAGUUGGACUGCCGGUGCAUUUUUACCAAAGCAAAGCUCUACUACCUUAUGAUCCCCUAGCAAGUGGAGGAAUAAAUGGUGGUGGUGCAACUCCUGAUAAUUCUUGUGGUCUUAGUGGAGAAUGCGAGGAAGGAAGCAAGGGGCUUGAAGCAGAGGAUUGUGAGCCUAGAAGUAAAAGAAGAAAAAGUGAGAAUCAAUCCAAUGAAGCAGGGAUAUCAGGGGAAGGUGUCCAAGAUCCCCGUGUUGUGGUGCAAAGUUCAGUUGAAUCUGAUAUGACGGGUGAUGGCUUCCGCUGGAGGAAGUACGGGCAGAAGGUUGUUAAGGGGAAUCCAUAUCCCAGAAGUUACUACAGAUGUACCAGUCUCAAAUGCAAUGUGCGUAAGCAUGUCGAAAGAGUCUCGGAUGAUCCCAAAGCUUUCAUCACAACGUACGAGGGAAAGCACAACCACGACAUGCCACUGAGGAACGCGAACACAGGAGCAUCCGAAAAGGAUACAAUCAAAGAAAAGCCAUAAAUGAGUGAUAACAUCGAACUCAAACUUCGGCAUCAAACUGUUUCAACCUCAUGUUUUGUCUGACAGAAAUGUCAGACGGGCUCGGAGAAAAAAUCAGACACCGAAAAUAAUUUGCUGCAGUGAUUCUGAUUCCCACCUUGGAUGGUCUGCUCUGCAAUGCUAAUAAUUUCACUUGGGAAUCUCUUUGAUGGCUGCUUGAUGGAUUUGGAGACAUAAAAUGGUGAAAAUAUUUUUGCUAAUUUUCCCUCCUGUUGCUGCUUCCUUCAAUUAGCACAUCAGAGUAUUACAUUUUUUUUCUUUUCUAUUAAUUGUAAUCCACUGGGAAAUUUCACAUAACAAAACUUUGUUAGAAAUGUUAAUGGCAGUGAUUAGGUUGAUGACUUGAUAAUACUCCUCCCAAUAAGCACAAGGAUGAUAGAGAAUAAAGUUUUAAGGAUCAUUCAAUUCCCAGUGGGUAAUACUUGUGUGUUAUAUUUGUUAUUAGAUUAUGUUGUAAACUAUAGCUUUGAAAUUUUGGAUACUUUUAAGCGAUAUUGGGGACGGGGGAUUGAACUCGAACCUUGGUGUCCGAGUGAAUGUUUCUAAUUACUUGAGCUGCAAA